AUGCAGAAUGAGGCGGAUCUGUAUACGCCCAGGACGUACAGCGCGACCGACUUUGUGAUCGGCCUGUUCAUCACCCUCGCCGCGAGUCUCACCAACGCCCUUGGACUGAACAUCACCAAGCUCGACUAUACGCGGCAAGAAGCGCUUCCUCCCUCUCAGCGCAGACCGGACUUCCUUCGCAUCUACUGGCUGCUAGGGCUAGGGCUCUACAUCGCCUCGCAAGUCGUCGGUUCAACCCUCGCCCUCGAAUACCUCCGCGCGGAGUACGUCGCACCCCUAGGCUCGACCUCGCUCAUUUUCAACUUCAUCUUUGCCUAUCUCCUCGUCUCGACACCCGUCACGCGCCUCGACAUCCUCGGAACCGUCGUCAUCAUCCUCGGCGUCGUCGGGGUCGUUGUCUUCUCCAACAUCCGCAAAGAGACGCCCGCCAUAGACGCCGAGUCCAAUCUCUCCCUCUCGUUGCUCAAGGAGAUUUGGGGUCGAAGCGACUGGAUCGCGUACCUCGUCAUGCUCGAGGUGGCGACGAUCGCGUUGUGGUGGUUGAGCCGCAUCGUGUUCGAGGUGUGCCAGUCGCGCGUACUGGACGAGCGAGGAGACGCAGACCGGGAUGCAGACUUGGAUGCGAUGGUCGGCGGUGGAGGCGGGCGUCGAGUUGCGAACCCAUACGAAGGGGAAGGAUGGGUCGGACGCGUGAAGAGCUGGCGAGACGGAUGGCACAAGGCCCAGGGAAGGGCGAGGAAGGUCGUCAAGCGUGCGGUGCAGAGGUGGAGCGAGCCGAGGCCGGAUGCGAGCAUCAGGCAGCUGUCGGCGUUUUGUUGGGCCGUCACCAGCGGGCUGUUGUCGGGUCAGACGCUCAUCCUCGCCAAGAGCGGCGUCAAGCUCGUCACAAGUGCGAUCCAGCACAGCGACCCGAACGAGCCAAACCAGUUCUCCUCGCCCCUCACUUGGCUCAUCGUGAUCCUUCUCGUCGUCUGCGCAAUCACCCAAGUCUACGCCCUCAACCUCGCCCUCAAAGCCUACGACUCGACCUUCGUCAUCCCCGUCAUGUUUGCAACCUACACCGUUUCGGCGUUCCUCAACACCCUCGUCUACCUCGACCAGACGAAAACCUACCGCCUCUCGAUCUUCCUGCUCAUUUGGGUCUCGAUCGCGAUUCUCAUCGCCGGCGUCGUCAUGCUCAGCAUGAAGAAGCAGCCGAAGCGCACUCGACCCGCACGAUCAGGCUCGACCGCCUCGCCUGUUCACGGUCGCAACCCGUUCGACGACCCCGCCGCUCCAGACUCCUCAGCCCUCGACUCGCCUACGAAGCCUGGAUUCGCGCGCGCGUACACCGGUGCAAGCGGAGAUGUCGAGGCUGGUGCCGUGCCCGAAGCCGAACCGCCUGUCCUGCGCAAGGGACAAGGCUGGUGGGCGAAGCUGUUCGGCGGGUUGCCAGCCGACGCUGCGACGUCCGCACCGGCUUCGACGCCCGAUAUUGAGCUGUCGCAGGCUGCGCGGCGGAAACAAGCCGGCGUUGAGCGGCUCGACGAUGGGGACUCGGUGCUGGCAAGCGAGCGGACGAGCCAGCGCGGGGCAGAGGAGCUCGAGAUGGAUGAUGUUGAUGGGUUGGGACGGUAUGCGCCUAGCGUGAGGAGCUCGGUGGGCAAGCCAGGGGAGGAGGACGACGACUUUGGCGAGUUCGAGAAGGCGACCGGGGCGGAGCGGGUCGACGAUGACCAAGGGCGGCAUCGUGGCUAG